GACAUUUGUUUUUCUUCCUCAAUGGCAAAGAAUAACAUGUUCAGCGAUGUCUGAACAAUUGUUGCUGAAGAUUUUUAUUCGUCCUGAAAUCACCAAGAAUGAUCUCAGACGCAGAUUUGUUGGCAACGGGAUGCACUUGUAUGAAGGCUGUACAGUGAUACAGCGAUACACUGUGGAAACUGGAAAGAAAUAGUAUGCUUUGCCUCAAGAAAUUGGCGAACGGCAUUGCCGUGUAGAAACAAAUAAAAGCAAUAUGUAGUCUGUAAACAAUGGUUAAGAACGAAGCAGCAACAAACGGCAAUUGAUGUCUUUAGUUACGUAAAAAGGUAUAAUGCUACUUACGGAGGAUGCGUUGUUAUUGCUUGAAUUGAAAGCUGCCUCGUCCAGAAAAAAUGUUCAAAGUUUGUGGGCGUAGUUGGCAACCUCAAGGUGAGAAACCUUGAUAUAGCCAAGAAUCUGGAAUCUCAAGCAUCCAUGACAAAAGGUUUCCAUUACUUGACAUGAAAGUUUCUCCAAAAAUAUGCCUCCGUUCAUUCUCUCAAAUACCAAAGUCGCUUUGUCUCUGUUCAGCUCAACCCAUAUCCAUCAGUUGUAGCGGAACGCCUCUUGCUCCUUCCAAAUGGAACCAGAAGAGGGCAAACAAUCUUCCCACAAAACCCCAUACACUGAACUCGAGCAAGUUAACUCUGAUUUCACCCUGGCAAUCGCUUUGCAAGAGCAAGAGGGAACCUUCACAAGGUUUGCCACCAUGGACAGUGAAGAAAGCGGCAAUGAAGAUGAAAGUGAGUCAUCUUUUGAAGAUGAAGAUGAUGAUGAAUAUGCUGACUUUUCUGAGAGCCAAGAAUUCGAAUUAGGAGACCUUCAGUUUCUUGAGGGUGAAGGAAGCAACGACGAAGAGAUGGAAGAAGAUGAGAUAGAUCCGGAUGAACUAUCCUACGAGGAGCUGAUUGAAUUGGGGGAAUUUAUAGGAGAGGAGAGGAGAGGAUUGUCAGCAAAUGAAAUCCCUUGCUGCUUGCAUCCGUACACUUGCCAUUUUGCUGAAAACAAGACUGGAAUAGAUCGUUGUGUGAUAUGUCAGGUUGAAUAUGAGGAAGGCCAAGCACUAAUGGCACUUCAAUGUGAGCACCCUUAUCAUUCAGAAUGCAUAACCAAGUGGCUUCAGAUUAAGAAGGUUUGUCCAAUUUGUAGCACUGAGGUUCUCCACUUCAAAGCUGACUAAGAACUCUUAAUCGCACCCUACAACUAAUUUGUAAAUGUAUAUUUCAGAAAAUAAUUAAGGAGCACUGAAACAAUCAGAACAUUACAUGGCAAAUGAGCAGUCGUCGCAGAAAUUUAAUGUUUAAAAAAACACAAAUAAUUUAAAAUUCUUAAUGUUAUUAGUAUCUCUAUUGGUUGACACGAUUUCAACCUCAUAAUUUAUAUUCUCAGAUUAAAGUAUAUUCGUCAAAUAAUUACUUCUGCAUAUUUUCCUCCCUAAUUUUUUUUUUUUUGGUUGUUUCCUUCCAUCAAGAUUUUUUUUUUAAUUUU